UGUUAUUAAAGGUCCGUCACCGAUAGCUAACAAGCUAGUUGUUGUUGCUUCAUCAACAGCUUCUAGAUGAGCUAACUAUUAUUUUGUGCUUCUGUCUAAUGUGGCAAGUCGGUGAUUGACAUAGCCGUGGGACGUUGCCCAUCGUUGGGACCUGGGUGGAACUAGGCCAGGAGGCCUGAAGCUAAACGGGCAUUUGCCAGUUACACUUUAACCUCACCCACAGCUAACCUCUCUUGCUAGCGUUUACUUUGAACAACAGCACAUCCCAACCGCCUAUGAAGUGCAGCUAGCUAACUCUACCGAGUUAGCUGUACCUAACCCCAUUACCAGUCCUUUGAAGUAAUGCACCUGAGGUGGAUCCAUUGAUAACCCAUCAUGAUGGCAGGUUCCCAGUGGGAGCUUCCUCCAGAGCUAUGUUGUCGUCCCAUGGCCUUCGUGGCUCUAACCGGUCUGGAUGUGGUUUAUAAUGCCGUGCACCGGGCCAUCUGGGACGCCUUCUGCGUCAACCGGCGAGCUGACAGAGUUCCCAUCUCUUUCAAAGUCCUCCCAGGAGACCAUGAAUACCCCAAAUGUCGCACUAAGCGGACAUCCUAUGAGUGGUACAUCCCUAAAGGCAUCCUGAAAACAGGAUGGAUGCAUAAACACCUGAACCUGGUACCAGCUCUGGUUGUUCUGUUCUACGAGCUGGACUGGGACGACCCAACAUGGAAAGAGAAACAAUCUGAAUGUGCCACUAAAGUGGAGAUUGUAAGGACCAGCCUUCAGGGCAGGAACACCAAGGUGGCUGUAGUUCUGAUCCAGAAGAAAACUCCUCUACCUCCAGGAGAGGACCUGGUGGCUUCAGAGAGGGCAGCGACUCUUUGUAACGCCUGUGAUCUGUCCGGCAAGAGUCUGUUCGUGCUGCCACACACCGACCACUUAGUGGGCUACAUCAUAAGGUUGGAGAAUGCUUUCUAUGAACACUCUCAGACAUACUACUACACUGAGAUCCGCCGAGUCAAAUCCCAUAAAGAGUUCCUCAACAAGACAACACAUCAGCUGCUGUUUGUCAGACACCAGUUUAAAAUCGCCUUCCUCAGUGAGCUGAAACAGGACACCCAGAAUGCUCUCAAGUACUACAGAACUGCAUACAGUCUGGUUCAUGAGCUCCGGGCCCACGAGACCAACAUGUUGGAGAUCAAAACUAUGGCUGGAUUCAUCAACUAUAAGAUCUGCCGCCUGUGUUUCCAGCACAACACUCCUCUAGAUGCCAUCGCUCAGUUCAGGAAGCACAUCGACCUGUGCAAGAAGAAGAUCGGCAGCGCUGAGCUGGCCUUCGAGCACUCUGCAUGGAUGUCUAAACAGUUCCAGUCGUUUGGCGAGCUCUUUGAUGAAGCCAUAAAGCUGGGUCUGACAGCAAUCCAGACCCAGAACCCUGGCUUCUACUACCAGCAGGCGGCCUGUUACAGCCAGGACCGCAAACAGCUGGCCCAGCAGCUCUGUCAGGCGAGUCUUCCCAGCCCUGAACCAGUGGACACCCAGAGUGGGGGACUGGACUUCUACGGCCAGAGAGCAUGGAGACAAGGACACCAGAGUAUUGAUCCUCCAGAUGCCGAGAAGGAGAAGACGGGGAUUCUGGCCCAGCAGAUGAAAGAGAGAGAUGUGCCACACUCUGAGCUGAUUAUAGCACUCCUCAGUAAUGCUGUCGCCCAGUUUAAGAAGUACAAGUGCCCCCGGAUGAAGAGUCAUCUCAUGGUGCAGAUGGGAGAGGAAUACUACCAUGCUAAAGACUACACCAAAUCCCUAAAGCUGCUGGACUAUGUGAUGUGUGACUACCGCACAGAGCGAUGGUGGGCCCUCCUGAGCGCCAUCCUGACCACAGCGCUGCGCUGUGCUUAUCUGAUGGCCAGUGUUAAAGACUACAUCAUAUACUGCAUGGAGCUGCUGGGCCGGGCUUCAACCUUGAAGGAGGAACAGAAGUUGAGGAUUGAGAAGAACCUCCUCAAAGUCCUGAAGAACGAGGUCCCUGAGGCUGAGCCGGAGUGUGACCCCUCCUCCGUCACUGCAGCCCGCUCGCUGUGGAACGACCGCAUGGCCCUGGCCGGAUCCAAUGAAUUAACUAUCGAAGUGCAGGAUUAUAUCCCAUUCAUCCAGUGUAAGGCCAGGUUCCACUCUCCCAGUUUCCACGUGGACCAGCCUGUCCAGCUGAAGGUGUUCCUCCGAGCCGACUGUCCUCACCCUGUGUCCUUCAACAAGCUGUCUGUCAGCCUCAGUAACCAGGAGUACAACCAGUGGUGUGUGGUGGAGUCUGCAGGGGAGGAGAGUAUGAGCCUGGUGCCUGGGAAAACCCAGUGCUACAACUUCAGCUUUGUAGCAAAGACUGAAGACGUUGGCAAGAAGAUUGAGAUGACAGGUAUUGAAGUGAUGCUGGGCAGUGACAGUGGCCGCUGUGUGUUCCUGAGCUGGAGGGGGGCGGGUGGAGAUGUGGCCUCUACCCAUGAGGCCUUGCAGGCUAGCAGGUCAUCACGGCGAUGGGGGCGGGGGGUGCAGGCACGGCAGGAGCCGGACUGGGACAGCCUGACCUUGCAGCCCAGCACCAUGGUCAUCUCCAGAGUACCCAAGGUCUCUGUUCAGCUGAGCCACCAGCCUCCUGCACUCAACAAUGAAAUGUACUGCAUCAACCUCACUGUCCAAUCACAGGAGGAGGGCGUGGCAAAGGAUGUCAAACUGACAGCUGGCCUCAAACCAGGUCAGGAUGCCACUCUGGGUCAGACCACACAUGUGACCCUGGACGGCUCAAAGGUCUGUGACGACAGUGCCCCUGCCCUGCUGCCGGACCUGCCUCUAGGAGAUCUGCAUCCAGGCCAGAAGUUGGAGAUUUCCGUACAUGUGAAGUGUGUGUCAACUGGACCGAGGGUCUUCCUCUUCCACGUGGCCUACAGCAUCGAUACCUCAGUGGAAGGACGUCAGAUUGUCUGCAAAUGCCACAAAGAUGAGACUGUUACCAUAGAGACGGUUGUCCCAUUUGAGGUGUCUGCGAAGUUUGUGUCCACCAAGGUCUGUAACUGCUACUUUGGCUAGCUAAGUUCCUACUUUUAGGCUACAUCCACUCUAACUCUCUGUGGUCCCAGUGCACGAGUGUUGAGAACCGUUUCCAAGCAAAAGUUAGUCCAUAUUAAUGAGCCUGAGAGCAAAGAUGACAAUUCACAAACACUGUUGCACACAUACUAGUGUCAACAGGAAGCAGAUUGUCACACAAUAUUCCCUAUUGUAUUUCCAAUACAGUAUUUCCCAAACCUUUUUCUGCAUUUAGCGUUACAAAAGCAAAGUCCCCCUUCACUGCAACAUGUUUUGAAAAGGGCAGGCCCUUGGCAGGGGAUUCAAUUAACCAUCUGUCAAUCACACUCUUGCUUCCAGACCGGGAGAAAAACUUGUUUUCAUUUGAGGGAAUUCUACAGUUCUGGUCUUGCUCUUCCCUCAGUUAAGACAUCCUCUCAUAUUGUUGGCAAAAUGACCCAACAUCAGUAGUCCUGCUACUCAUCUGUGCUGUGGCAUGCUUUCAGACUUUCUCCCGUGUAUUGAUAGGAAUAGAAUAAAAGUCAAAUAAAGUCACGCUGUAUCUUCAGACAAUAAAAGUGUCCAGAAAAGCUCAGAGGAGUUUCCAUAAGGAUCACAUCCAAUUAGCCAUAUUUUGUCUGCAUGCCUUUUCUAUUCUAGCUGAGGAAUUACAUUAGUGUUGAAAAGCGUUAGCUUUAUGUUAUGGCUCAAGAAAUUCGGUUCAAAAUGUCUCUUGUGUCUUCUCGGUUUUGAUGUCUGUCUUAAAAACAGCUGUUUGGUAGCAAA